UUUUUUUUACUGUUCCAGUAAAAAGACACUCAUCAAGUGGGAGCACUUGGAGACACUUCAUGAAGCUGAUAAGAAGUUUGCUGGUAUAGGAGGAAAGCUUGUUUGCCCUCGGUUGUCACUCCAAAAUCUCAAACUCAAUAAUUCUCCGAAGAUGAGGGUCAGAUUGGCCACGCAGGUUUUCAGUAAUUCAGUUGCACAUGGGCUUGAUGUUUUUCGAGAUAAAGUAGAGGGUUUGAGGGACUCUGAAGAAACCGCAGAAUUUUGUAGGUUCAUCAAUAAUUUAUUUGAUGCGUUGAAUCGCACGGAGGACAUGAAUGGUGUAGAACCUGGCAACUUGGAUUAUAAAGUAAUUGAAGACGCUUUAAAUAAGUUGGAUCAAUGGGAGAAAUAUGAGGAGGAGGGUGAAAUUGCCAGAGACGUAUUCUUAACAAGGCAGACUGCUGAAGGCCUACAUGUGACUCUGAAAUCCACUCUGGGAUUAAUCAAGUAUUUUACUGAGGUGUGUGGCUUUACUCAUGUUCUCACUGGCAGAAUAAAUCAGGAUUGUCUUGAGGUGAGCCGUUACCUAGACGCACCAGACAUAAUAACUGGCAACACCUCCCCAAUGGAUCCAGCUAUGAAACAACGCUUACUGCGUCACUUAGAUAGCUGCGUAUCAGAGUUAGAUUUGGACUUGGGUUCUCGACCAGACAGCGGAAUAGGGAGUAGUCCAGGAAGCGUCACGGAUCGCGUAUCGGGUGUGACAAGCCCAAAUCCCAUGGACCACCAUACGCCAGUAACGCCACAUUCGAGCGCAUCAUUAAACUCGUCAGCGAUUAAGUCUGAAAUUUCAGAACUUGAGACAACGAGACCAGAUAGUAGCACGACAACAGGAGACGAAAACAACAAUAGUAGCAGACCACCAUCAGCAUUCAGUCAAGUAAAUCCACCGACACUGGAUAGCCAUUUCUCGGGAGGAGUUGUUAUGGAUCAGCAGUCGACAUCAUCAUCGAAUCCCAAUAUGCUAUCGGUAGUGCAAGUCAUACCCUCGAGAUUACCAGACGGCCAGGUAGUUUUUCUACUACCUAGCCACUACGUCCAGCUUGCAGCAGCUGCCGCAGCAAAUGGCAUCAGCAUUGGCCCUAACCCACCAACGGCAAUCUGGGCGGCUACCAACAUGUCUCUACUGAGAGCAACUGACAAACUUUUGAAAAGGUCACACGUGAACGUAUCUCAAGAUUGGAUAGAUGGUAAUAAACCAUCAAAAAGUCCAAGAAUUGAGGUAUCCGAACAACCAUUGGAUUUUACAACAACUUCUCAGAAGCUCAAAUCUCGACUUGAGCUCCAAGCACAGACUGAAUUAAUUAUAUGCCAUGAACGGCCCUCUAGUCAUGAUGGAAGUGAAGGACUUGUGACAACAUCACCCAGUAGCCAAGUUGUGAAAGAGGAGGAGAGCAUGUGGAGGCCUUGGUGAAAUAAUUAUUCGCUCGACUUCCCUUAUAAUCGUGAUUAAACAAUUGAUAUGACGCGUCGUGUGUACAUAGUCAUCGAGGAGAACGAGAAAGAUUAUUUCUAUUUGCAAGAUAUAGAUUUAUUUGGAUGUUAUCUAGGUAUAUGUGCAGCCAAUAUCUAAACCUACUUGAGUGAAAGAACUUGUGGACUGAUGGAAGUUUGCUUAGCUGGGAUUUAGAUAAAUGAAAAAAUUGAGUGGGAAUAAGAUCAUCCAGUAAUUAUUCGGCCAAAGUUCAUUCGAAGGACUUUCUACGAUCACCAAUGUUGGAAUAAAUUUUCCUUUCUCUUGAAAUAUACCAAUGAAAUUCAGUAUUCGAUGUACUUAGUUACUCAGUCAAUAUGAAAAUAAAUAUAUAGAAACCGGCA